AGUUACAAAGUUUUUCAUGCAUAACCUUCUGUGGAAAGCGUGCGGUUAGAUCAUCAGUACGUCGUGGUCGCACUUCGCGUACGGUGUGCCUUUUUACGCGUAGGUGGUAACGCGCCAACUUUCCCAGUUUACGAAGAUCACUUUCUUCUUCUUCUCGAAGUGUCUUUACCUAUAUUUACAUCGGGCGACGAAGAGCGAAAUGUACAUCGACGCCCUGGUCCUCCUGAACGCGAUGCUUCUCUCGGCCGCCCUCCAGUACGACUGCUCCAAGUCGGAGUACGAGAGGUGCGUGAGGAUGGCCGAUCCGCUCAUCAAGGAGGUGCGACUCAUCUUUCCCGACAACAUGAACGACGUCCACCUGGUGUGUCGCACGUGGAACGACUUCGUCGACUGCCUGAAGAGGUUCACGGACCGAUGCUUCACCGAUCAGCAGCGGUCGCAGUUCAACAAGGCGAUCGAGAAUCCGAUACAGUCUGUCCAUCAGAUGUGCACGCAGCCUCGCUACCAGAAGGAGUACCUGCAGCACGCGCCGUGCAUGAAGGGCACCGUCAUCGAUGACGGACGCUGCGGCUCGCACUACCGCUUCCUCGUCGAGCAGGUCGAUCAAGGCGACGUCAUCUCUAAGGCCACUCUGUGCUGUUCGCACGAUCGCUUCAAGCAGUGCGUUCUUCGGGAGGCGCGCGAGUCCUGCGACAGGGGCGUGCCCAACGGUCCGGCCUCGCGCUUCUCGGCGCAAACGAUCGACAAGGCGCUCAGCUUCCUGCAGGACCAGUGCUUCAAUUACAUACCGAACUCGGGCGAUUGCACUCUACCGUUCGACGCGGUUUCUCUGUCGACGUCCCCGAGCGAGAUCUACCCGUGGAACACGCGGCACGACGAUUUAGCGGCGAAGGAGAUUUCACCGACGAGGGUGGCGUCGCCCAGACCGACUCCGACGGUCUCGCUGUACACGCCGACGAUUGACGAUCCGCAGGAUUCCAGCUUUCUGGCGUCCUCGCAGAGCUUGGGCUCGCGAACGAGGCCGGCCUCGUACGGUCGGGCUAGCAGCUGGUCGGACGCGCCGCCGACGCAAAAUACGCAGGUCAGCGUCAGUACGGGAGCACCUCAGACGUCGCAGUCCGGUCAAGGUGUCACUACGUCGACGUGGACUGUUCUGAGUACGUCUCCAGAGUUGAGAAAAGAAGUUCAGCCGCUCGAGUGGGAAAGGUCGAGGACGCAAACAUCGUCGUCGACGACCUGGUACCCGGCCGCCGGCCACCAACUGAGCAACGAGGUGGACGAGCCCAAUCAGCUCGGGCUGGUCAAUCCGCACGGGGGGAACACCGCGAGCGGCAGGUGCGCCGUGAACGUUCUACUGAUCGUCGCGGCGCUUCUACUCGCCUAAAACUCCAAGUGUUAAUACUACAGAUAUAUUUUAUGUGAUUUAGAUUAAGACAAUCUGUACCUUAUAGAGCCCUGCACUAGUCACUAAAUUAAAAUAAAUUAAAACAUGUCAACGUU